UCCAUUUGUGUGGAAAGGAAAACAAAAAUCAUCCUCUCUGUCCUUCUCUCUCUCUCUGUCCCGAGCGAUUCGCGCGGAUCUCAAAUUGACAUUCGCAAACAAACAUGCGCGCGAUCUCUCUGUGUCUCUGAGAGGCCCUUUUCUGAAGCUCGGCAUCGAGAGCACAUCGGCUCCUCCCCAAGGCUCUCGAUCCGGCCCCAAAACCAAUCGCAACCGCCACAUGUAGUCUUCGUCUUCUUCGGCAUCACCAUCAUCUUCGUCAAACUCUGAUUAGUGAUUGAUUGGCGUGAAAAGGGAUGGAGAGCAUAGCGGCGCAGUUGAGGAGGGGGAUAUCGCGGCAGUUCUCGACGGGGGCGCUGCGGAGGACGCUGAGCAGGCAGUUCACGAGGCAGUCGUCGCUGGACCCGAGGAAGAACAAUCCGAGGUUCAGCUUCGGGAGGCAGUCGUCUCUGGACCCGAUACGCCGGAGCCCCAGCCAGGACGCUGCCGGAUUGGAGCUGUCGGUGCCGGAGAACCUGGACGCCACGAUGCAGCUUCUGUUCAUGGCGUGCAGAGGAGACGCGAAGGGGGUGGAGGAUCUGCUCAACGAAGGGAUCGACGUCAACAGCAUCGACUUGGACGGGAGAACCGCGCUGCACAUCGCUUCCUGCGAAGGCCACGUCGAGGUCGUCAAGCUCUUGCUCAGCAGGAAGGCCAACAUCGAUGCUCGUGAUCGCUGGGGGGGCACGGCAGCUGCUGAUGCUAAAUAUUACGGAAAUACAGAAGUCUACAAUAUUUUGAAAGCCCGUGGAGCCAAAAUUCCGAAAAUCAGGAAGACGCCUAUGGCUGUCGCAAAUCCUCGAGAAGUUCCAGAGUAUGAGCUUAAUCCACAGGAACUUCAGGUUCGGAAAAGUGACGGGAUCUCAAAGGGAACAUAUCAAGUGGCUAAGUGGAAUGGCACAAAGGUUUCCGUAAAGAUACUUGACAAGGACAGCUAUUCAGAUCCUGAAAGCAUAAAUGAUUUCAAACACGAGCUAACAUUGUUAGAAAAGGUUCGGCAUCCUAAUGUGCUUCAGUUUGUUGGAGCUGUUACCCAAAAUAAACCUAUGAUGAUUGUUUCAGAGUAUCAUCCAAAAGGUGACUUGGGCAAUUAUCUUCAAAAGAAAGGGCGUCUGUCUCCAUCCAAAGUUCUAAGAUUUGCUCUUGAUAUUGCUAGGGGCAUGAAUUAUCUUCAUGAAUGUAAACCAGACCCAAUUAUCCACUGUGACUUAAAGCCAAAAAAUAUUUUUCUGGAUAAUGGAGGUCAGUUGAAAGUAGCUGGAUUUGGUCUGAUAAGAUUGUCCAAAAUGGCACCAGCCAAAGCCAAACUAGCGCAGCCAGGGCCUGACCGUUCAAACUUGUAUAUGGCACCCGAGCUUUACAAAGAUGAGAUAUUUGACAGAAGUGUGGAUGCCUAUUCUUUCGGUCUGAUUCUAUAUGAGAUGAUUGAGGGUAUACAGCCUUUCCACCCCAAGUCUCCAGAAGAAGCCGCAAUAAUUAUGUGCUUAGAAGGAAAGAGACCGCUUUUCAAGAUGAAAGCAAAAGGUUAUCCUCCAGAGCUAAAAGAGUUGGUUGAGGAAUGUUGGGAUGAACAAGCAGUUGUUAGACCAACUUUUUCUGAGAUCAUCGUACGGCUGGACAAAAUAGUAGCAACUUGCUCAAAACAAGGAUGGUGGAAAGACGCUUUUAAGCUUCCUUGGAUCUAAGAGGAGGUCUUAGCAAAAGAAAAGAAAAGAGAAAAGAGAAAAAAAGAUAAAAGAAAAAAGAACAAAGAAAAAAAGAAGAGAAGUAUAAAGAAGAGGCACUCAAUUCCAUUGGAAAAAGGAAAAAAAGAGAAAAGAUUAAGGCGUUUUCGAUUCAAGUUUUGGAGUUUCAUACUGUACUACUAGUAUUUUGGAUAUAUUCAGAGUGAGUUUGAACAAAGUGGACAAAGAUUAAGAAAAGAAGAUAGUUUAUCUCUCAUUCUUUGUCCUCGUAGGGAGCUGGGCCAAUCCCCUUUCUUUGUAUAAUGUUAUGAAGGAGCUUUGUUUUUACUUGUAACCCCAUGAAUAAUUUAUCCACGAAGGAGAGUUGGUCCACAAUCUGUAAACUGUAAUUAAUGUUGGGGGCUACGUAAUUGACUCCAAAUAAUUGGAAUGAGUUAAUGGUUGUGAUUUCUAUAACUAUCAA